CCAAGCCCAUUGGGGGCAAGGGAGCCGCCGGACCAACAUGGAGCAGCGGCCCAGGGCGAAGCCUUCCGUGACCCGGGAAAGCUCUGAGGCGCAGCAGGAGAUUCUAGCCCAGUCUAUCGAGGGCCGCGGCCGGGUGCUGCUGGUAAGAGAGCUCUGGAAGCAGGACGAUUGCUGCAAGGAUCUGCAGAACUUUCCAGAGCAGGCCUCAACCCAUCAGCUCACCAGGUCCUCGUCCACACGAGCCACCACAGGCCACAGCACCAGUAACUGCGCCAGGAGGGGACUUAAGCGCUCCGGCGACAGCUCUACGGACAACUCCGAGAACAACGCCGACUACCCGGCCGCAAAGUCCAAGCGCUCCGCGGAGAAGGCGGGGAGAAGCCGGUGCAAGUACGCCGAUCCACGCGAGGCCGAGACGCCUGGGACCAGUCCUAGGACCUCCGGCCCCGCGGCUUCGGAGAACCCGGCCACGAGCUGCCGGGCGGUGGGGAAGCCCCGGACAGCGCCGGAGCAGGGCGCGCAGCUGCUUCUGGUGCUGUGCCGCGCGUCGGCGCUGUGCACGCAGCUUCCGCGGCUGCAGCUGGUCCUGGAGCAGGUGCGCGCCCGGGACUCCCGCCCACCCGCCGCGCUCAUCGGGAUCCUGGUACAGCCGCAGCCGGACGAGGAGGCGGAGGCGCGCUGCCUCCUGGAGAACCUGCUCUGCGGCAUCUUCGCGCAGCACAACCCCGCCGUCGAGGUGCACACCGCAGUGUUCUGCCCCGGCCGCCCCCAGGGCGUCCUGGACUUCCAGCGCGCCGCCAGCCAAGUGCGCAAGGUUCCCUUAGCGGAUCGGGGGACGCAGAUGGAUGAUUUUCAAGAAAACGCUCAUCUCGGCAUUACUCCCGAGCUCCAAGCCCUUGGGUCUGUUGCUGUGGCUCUGGGGGCCCUGGGAGCUGCCUACUACAUCAUUGAAUCCCUGUGAACAAGCCCCAGCCCAAGGUCCGGCAGAUCCAGUUUCCAUCAAAGGAUCUCACUUGUCACCAAAAAGAGCAAAAAAGAAAAAAAAAAGGGGAAAAAUGA